AUGCUGACCACAGUGAAAAGAAUAUCUUUUGUUUGUUUCUUUAUCUUUUUUUACAGACACAUAAAUGGUCUCAUCUUGCUUACAUUGACUUUCUCCUUGUGUGUCAUACUUUACAAUUUUGAACUCUGUGUCAGGUCUGCUAAGCCCCCUGAAACCUUAAAUAAUGCUGUAACUCAAAAAAGCUCCUAUUAUAUGACUGCAUCCCCCACUGUGACCAAACACAUUGGACUGCAUUAUCAUGUGGCUCAUCCACUCAAUUACCAUUUCAUCCUGAACGAACCUGAUAAAUGUAGUCAGUGGGAUCCGUUCUUGAUCUUGACGGUCCCUGUGGCCCCCCAUGAGGUCAAUGCUCAUAAUGCCAUCCGCAGCACAUGGGGGACUGAGAGCUCAGUGCAGGGAAAAGCAGUGCUGACUCUAUUCUUGGUGGGUUUGACUGGAGGAGCUGAAGCUCAACAGAAGCUGGAGGAAGAGAGUCGACGACACAGAGAUUUAGUGCAGAGCAACUUUGUGGACUCCUACUUCAAUCUGACCAUAAAGACCAUGGUGAUCAUGGACUGGCUAGCCACUAGUUGCCCUCAAGCAACUUAUGCUAUGAAGGCUGAUUCUGAUAUAUACAUAAACCUGGAGAACCUGAUGAGCCUCUUAUUGUCACCCAACACACCCAGACAGAACUACAUCACAGGGUAUUUGAUGUGGGACAGGCCUGUCAUCAGAGACAAAAAAUCUAAAUGGUACGUCUCAGAGAAGCUGUACCCUGAACCAAUAUACCCCACAUAUGUGCAGGGAUCAGGAUAUAUUUUCUCCAAUGACCUGCCAGAAAAAAUAGUGGAAAUUUCCAAGGAAGUAAUGGGCUUUAAUAUAGAAGACGCAUAUGUGGGUGUUUGUCUGAUACGAUUGGGCUUUGCACUCUCAUCUCCUCCAGACCCUUCACAAUUUAGACUCCAUAUGGGACAAUAUAAGCGAGAGGAUUUUCUCAGGAUCAUUUCAGUAAGAGUGGGAUCUCCACAGCAGAUACUGAAUAUUUGGAAGGAUGUAAAGAGACCCAAAUAAAAGAACGUGACCAGAAACAAACAAGAAUUAAAAAUACAAAAUUUCAGUUUAAAAACCAAUAAUGUUUUGCUGCAUCAAAACAAUGCAGCGGGACCAGUGAAGCCUGAUACCUUAAAUGGAUUAAGUUUAUGAGCCAAUUCUGUUCAAAAACACACAGCAUGGUUCUUCUAAUUAAAUGGUCGGUUACAGUUCAAAAAGACUAUUUUCUGGUCCUCAAAUCUGAUUGGCUGAGAUGAGUGUGGUAUUCAAGUGACACCGGAGCCCUGACCAUUUCACUGUUUGCAUCACUUUGUCUGCAGUAUUUUCUACAGCGAGCGUCACGGCGGAAGCCCAAACCCGCUAUCAUUUUAAAAGUAAUACUGUUACCAUAUUACAGAAUGUA